ACGGUGUCGUUUAAUUUGAGAUACUACGCCGAAAAGCAGUAAAAAUGCGAAAGCAACAUUUCGAGAAGACACGAACUUGAACAAUUCUUUCUUUGCGCUGAGCUGAGCUUCUGGUUUUGGAUCUCUUGAGCAUCCGGGGUGAAGCAAACAAACAAUAAUCAGAAUUCAGAAAGAGAGGCAUAGGGAUGGAGAGAAGGCAGAUCUACGUAGUGGCAGCUCUUCUAUUUACCCUAAUUGGCCGUAUAUCUUCUAUCUCCGUCACCGUGAACGACGUUGAAUGCGUCUACGAGUAUGUCCUCUACGAAGGCGACACCGUUUCUGGGAACUUCGUGGUGGUUGAUCACGACAUUUUCUGGAGCUCGGAUCACCCAGGAAUUGAUCUCACCGUGACAUCUCCUGCAGAUAAUGUGGUUCACACUGUGAAGGGAACAUCUGGGGACAAGUUUGAGUUUAAGGCCCCAAAAAGUGGAAUGUACAAAUUCUGUUUUCACAAUCCCUACUCAACACCAGAGACUGUAUCCUUCUAUAUUCAUGUGGGUCAUAUUCCGAAUGAGCAUGAUCUUGCAAAAGAUGAGCAUUUGAAUCCUAUCAAUGUGAAAAUUGCUGAGCUGAGAGAGGCAUUGGAGUCUGUUACAGCAGAGCAGAAGUACUUAAAAGCACGUGAUGCUCGACAUCGCCGUACCAACGAGAGUACACGAAAGCGCGUUAUAGGCUACACAGUGGGAGAAUACAUUUUAUUGGCUAUUGUAAGCGUACUUCAGGUUGUAUAUAUUCGUCGCCUCUUCAGCAAAUCAGUUGCAUACAACCGAGUCUGAGCCCCCUUAUUUUCUGUUAAUUAUAGAGGAGUUCAGAGAAAUGUUUCAAUGCACUUGAAAAAAGUUAACCGAUGGUUUAUGCUGUUCAAUUUUUGUACUUCAACCAUAAUGCAAUUUUAGAACUUCAAGAUAUAGUUUA